GGGGUGGAAAGUUGCGGUAACCCAAAUAAACUUCUACGAAGGCGCGUAGACUUAGUCUCUUCCCACCUCCCAUUAAGUUUUCUUACUUCGUCUUCCCCAUUCCAUUCCCAAAUACGUAUUUCUUUUAUCUGUCUUCUCUCUUUUCUUCCUUAAUCCAUCAUCAUGGCCAACGGCGAAAACCUUGAGGAAUCCAGCCCUCUUCUUGGCAAGGUCGUUGCAAAUGCGGAUCACAAGGAUUCCCUUCCUACCUCCACCGCACCACCUACCCCCGAUUCCCUCCCUCCUCCCCCUCCCCCCCUCUUCCCAAACAUAUGGACGAGGACAAUCGCGAUGGUCGCUCUGAUUAUGCCUGGACUGCCGAUGGCUUGCCGGUUCAUGGUAGUGUGCUCGGGGAGCCUAUCGGUCGUGCCCAAUGGGAAACUGAUCUCUGCGCUUGUAUUGGUCGCCACGAUGAAUUUUGCAGUAGCGAUCUUGAAGUUUGUCUUCUUGGAAGUGUGGCUCCUUGCAUUCUGUAUGGAACAAAUGCAGAGAGAGUUGUGUCUUCUACUCCUGGGACUUUUGCAAACCAUUGCAUGUCAUAUUCUGGUCUCUACUUAAUUGGAACCUCUUUCUUUGGUUGGAACUGUCUGGCUCCAUGGUUUACAUAUCCUACUCGUACAGCUAUUCGUCGAAUGUUCAAUUUGGAGGGUAACUGCGAGGCACUUCAUAGGUCAUGUGGCUGUUGCGGACUCUGUGUUGAAGAUGAAGUUCAACGUGAGCACUGUGAAUCUGUUUGUGACUUUGCAACUCAUGUCUUCUGUCACACGUGUGCACUUUGCCAGGAAGGUCGUGAACUUCGUCGGAGGAUGCCCCACCCAGGUUUCAAUGCUCGUCCUGUGUUAGUCAUGAUCCCACCUGGAGAACAGUCCAUGGGGCGUGGAGUCUGAGAUCCUCCUCCUCCUAACUCUUUCAUGUUACAUGUAGUGGCAUCUUGCUGUUGAUCUGCAAUGUAUUGGGGGUUGAUGACCCAUAUGUUAAGCUUUCAAAGGGGAAAAUAUUUUGACAAGGUUUUGUCUGAAUGAGACGACAUAUCAUAUUUGUGGAUAAUAUUGUUCUUUUAUGUAUAGAAUGUGUUGAAGUAUCAUGGCCACAAGAACCAACUCUAUUUCUUUUAGUUUGAAUUCUGAGUUACGAUUUGUAUGUUUCUUUGGUUAUAUUAUAUCAUUCGGAUUCAAA